UUUUAUAAAUUGACGCGUAAAAUUGUAUAGUGACUUGUGAACUAUUCCUAGAAAAAAUCGGUGAUAGUGGUAAAAUAAAUUAAAAGUAUUGAAAAACAAUGGAAGUAUUAGGACGAAUUUCAUCCACAUUUGAAAAUAUUAAAAACACCAUAAAAAAUAGGAAUUUAUCUGAAGGCCUGCUUAAUCUGAAGAAAGACAUACAGAUAUUAAAUAAGGAGCUCGUGAUGUUUGGGAAGGAGAACCACGAUCAGUACGUAAGGUCUCUGGCCAUGGAAGGCUAUAUAACACUGCUAUCUGUUAAAACCAUGCCCAUCACUUUAUCUGAUAAAAAAAAUAUCUUACAAGAAUCUUUCGACAAAUUAAAACCAUUCGCACUCAGAGAGGAAUGUCUUUUUAUAACGUUAAGAAUCCAGAAUCUAUUAUGCUACUAUCUCAUACAGUUAGAUGAAGUGUCUCUUGCCAAGGAAAUACUAGAAAGCAUGGAAGACGUUUACGAGAAAAUAAGCAAAUCUUUGUCUGAAAAUUUAUAUGACGCGGAAGAUUUGUUCACAACAGAGCCAAUUACAAAAAUCAAAAGAGUAAAACCAGAAAAGAUUGACAAGAUUAUCACAAACAAUGUUCAAAUGCAAGCCUUUUUAUAUAAUAAAUUAAAUUUGCCUGAGAAAUAUACUCUUUAUAACCACACAGCUCUGAGACGACAGUUGGAUAUGAAAGAGGGCACGCCGCAGGACUGGGCUCUGCGGACUGCGCGCCUCGGCAACUACUUCACGUACCUGAAUCAGCUCGGCAAGGCUCGCUAUCAUCUCUCCGCAGCUUACCACGUCCUUCGCACCUGUCACGACAACUGCAAGCUUAUCCCGGAAGAAUUUGUUCUCCAGAAAGCCGACUUCGAAAUGCAUUUCUUAGAACUUAGCCAUCACUGGGUCAAAUACGGGUUGACACUGUUUAAAUUGUCGAGAAAGAAAAUUUUGAACCGAUACUUCUCGAAUCCGACAACUAAGUCAAACUUAUGGAAAACGGUAAACCAAAAUGAUUUAGAAGAGAGAGUAGUAAAUGUUGAAAAGUACGAGGACGAUGACGUGAAGGAUGUUGUUGAAAAAAAGGGAAAAGGAGACGGAGCCGCAGAGAAGCUUUAUAUUUUCCCCUCUCUGAAUUUAAAAGAUAUAGAAAAUCGUGUCCCCGUUGAGAUGAUUUGUGAUAUUGAAGAAGCCAGAAAGUUGUUUACAUUUACCCACAAAUGGCUAAUGAGAGCGAGACAUUUUUACGAUUUCGAGCAUCAUAGCGCACAAUACGUAUCCUGCUCUCUACAGUUAGCUGAAUUGUACGAGCAUUUGGCAUUCUUUGAGAAAAAUAUCGAUAAUCAAUAUAAUAUACAAAAAAGACGGGCUGACGUGCUGGAGGCGUUGAACUCUCUGUUGAAGAACUGCGAUAGCGUGAUGUCGGUGCAGAUCGACGUGAUCAAGGAGCUGUCGCAAGUUCAACUUGAGCUGAUGGCCCUCAACUUGCAAAAGCUGUGGCGCGAGGAGUCGCAGACGAAUAUAUUUAACUUAGAUGCAGAUGCGGACUCUAUUAUAAAUUCUUUAGACUCCGAAUCCAAUAAGACACUGACGGAGAAAACUUUGAAUACAUCUAGCAAAAAUUUAUUCCUUCGCAAGAUGGAAGCGGCAACUUUGAUAAAUGGAAAGUUGUUUCGUUUGAGCGGCCAGUUGGACGCUAAGACGCCGUCGCAGCUCAGUUUUGCCACUGACAUACUGAAGAACUGAUUCACAGGUUCCUUUAUUUUGCUCCGUAACCUUUCUAAAUAUAUCGCUUUAAGAAAAUUGCAUUUAAAAUAAAACACGAUUUGCAUAAUCAUCUAUA